CAACCACCUAACUAAUCCUACGAUUUACCUCUGAGUCGGAGGUAUCGAGAGUCAAAGGAGCUUUGGGUGGGGCUGCACAGCACAGGGACAGGCACACCAUGGAAGCUCCUCUUCUGGGUAGUCACCAAAGUGUGGGAGCCAAUUCCAAGAAGAAGAAGAAUCGGAGAGGAGCUCUGUGUUGGUCCCUUUUUGCUUUUUUUAUAAUCUCAAUCACAAUUGUAGCCCUUAUAUUCAGAGGUGAUCCGAAUUUUUGGGUGCUGAGAGGAGGAAAUGAGGACAAUGAUGGAACUAUUGAAGUCGAUGAUCCUGACGUUGUUGAGUCAGAUCAGGGUGUUGUCGCUGCUGAUGAUGGCCGAUGUUCUAAAAUUGGAGCAUCGAUGCUUAGGCAGGGAGGGCAUGCUGUUGAUGCUGCAGUGGCAACUUCAUUGUGCGAGGGUGUUGUUAAUGCAAUGGCAAGCGGGAUAGGAGGUGGAGCUUUCAUGAUUGUCCGGUCUUCAUCAACUUCAAAAACUCAAGCUUUUGACAUGAGGGAAACAGCUCCAUUGGCAGCUUCAAAGAAUAUGUAUGCAAACGAUCUUUCAGAAAAGUAUCAUGGUGCAAGGUCAAUGGGAGUUCCUGGCGAGAUAGCUGGUCUUCAUGAAGCUUGGUUGCAGCAUGGGCGUUUGGCUUGGAGUACUUUAUUCCAACCUGCAAUCGAACUUUCUAAAUAUGGUUUUGUGGUGGCUCCUUAUCUUGGAUUAAACAUUGCAAAAUGCGCAAAAACAAUCUUCAAUGACCCAGGGUUGCGGGAAGUUUAUGCACCAGAAGGGAAGUUGCUAAAAGCAGGUGAUAUAUGCUACAAUGUAGAGCUGGCCCAAACCUUAGAGGCAAUUGCAGAACAAGGACCACAAGCUUUUUAUAAUGGAGCUAUUGGUGAGAAGUUGAUUAAGGAUGUGAAAGAAGCCGGUGGAAUACUGACAAUGGAAGAUUUAAGGAAUUAUAAGGUGGAUGUGAUGGAUGCAUUGGCCGUGAAUGUGAUGGGUUAUACCAUAUACGGAAUGCCACCACCAUCAAGUGGAACAGUUGGGCUCUCAAUGGUAUUGAACAUCUUGAAGAGCUAUGGAAAAGCUGAUGCUGCCAAAGGGAAUAUUGGUCUACAUCGCCUAAUUGAAGCACUGAAACACAUGUUUGCUAUUAGAAUGAACUUGGGAGACCCUAAUUUUGUUAACAUAACGAAUAUCAUGUCUGAAAUGCUUUCCCCGCAAUACGCCAAGCAAAUUCAGCAGAAGAUAUUAGACAACACUACUUUUCCUCCUGAAUACUACAUGAACAGGUGGAGUCAGCUUAGAGACCAUGGAACCAGUCAUUUCUGCAUUGUUGAUGCAGAUCGAAACUCUGUAUCAAUGACGACUACUGUAAAUUAUCCUUUUGGUGCCGGGGUGCUCUCUCGUUCUACUGGUAUUAUCCUCAACAAUGAGAUGGGUGACUUCUCAGCACCCUCUGAGUUGUCCCCGGACAUGCUUCCUCCGUCUCCAACAAAUUUUAUUGAACCCAACAAGAGACCUUUAUCUUCCAUGUGCCCUCUCAUUAUUACCAAGGAUAAUCAACUGGCAGGAGUUAUUGGCGGUAGCGGUGGAAUCUACAUAAUUCCAGCAGUGCUUCAAGUCUUCAUCAACCAUUUUAUCUUGGGGAUGGAAUCAUUAGCAGCAGUAAAGAACCCUAGGGUUUACCACAAGCUAAUACCAAAUGUGGUUUUGUACGAAAACUGGACUUGUAUCGAUGGUGAACGCAUUGAACUUGCGGGUGAAGAAAAACAGUUUUUGAAAUCAAGGGGUCAUGAACUCGAGGCCAGAGCGGGGGGAGCCAUCGUCCAGUUUGUUGUUCAGAGCCUUCAAAAGCCGGUUAUGGUAGGAAGAAAAAUUGGGAAGGAGUUCAAUAACGCCUCAGUAUUCCAUGGAACUCUUACUGCAGUUUGUGACCCGAGAAAGGAUGGGAGGCCAGCAGGCCUUUGAUAUCUUGGAGUAGUAACAUCCUAGGUUCAGAUAAGAAGUUCGAUAUACAAGGUUAUUCAAUGAACUAAAAUCUUGUAAAUACUGCAGACCUAAAUUAAGCCUUCAUGUCU